AAUAGAAAUGAGAAACAAGUAAUAUCUACCAGAUUUAGAAAAAACUUUUUUGGUUCUAUGAAUUAUGAAGUAGAAAGUUUUUCUUUUGGUAUUGUUAAUUCUGAAUUUGGAACUAUUUUGGAUGUUAAUAGCUUUGAGCUGUCUGGUCCUGCAAAUUGUUGUUUGUUAUCUGAUUCUUUGAACUAUGAAGUGUCUGGUUCUUUAAACUAUGGAUUGUCUGGUCCUGUGAACUAUGAAUUGUCUGGUCUUGUGAACUAUGAAUUGUCUAGUCUUGUGAACCAUAAGUUGUUUGGUUUUUUGAACCAUGGGUUGUCUGGUUCUUCAAACUAUGAGUUAUCUGAGUCUUUGAACCAUGAGUUAUCUAAUUUUUUGAACUAUAAGUUAUCUAAUCCUUUGAACUAUAGAUUGUUUGGUCCUGUAAACUAUAGAUUGUCUGGUCCUGUGAACUAUAGAUUGUUUAGUCUUGUAAACUAUGAAUUGUCUAGUCCUGCGAGUUAUAAAUUGUCUGUGGAGUUGCCUAGUUCUACAAAUUUGGAGUUGUCUAGUUUUAUGAAUUUGAAAGUACCUAGUUUUACAAAUUUGGAAUUGUCUGGUUCUACAAAUUUGAAGUUGUCUGGUUUUACGAAUUUGAAGUUGCCUGGUUCUACAAAUUUGGAAUUGCCUGGUUCUAUAAAUUUGAAGUUAAAUCUUACGAAUCUGGAGUUGUCUGGUUUUAUGAAUUCUAAGUUGCCAAGUUCUAUAAAUUCUAAGUUGCUUGAUUCUGAGGAAUUUGAAGGGAACAAUAAUUUGUCUGACUUUGAAAAUUUGGAGAUGGAUA